CGUUGGGGGAAAACGUCGCACGAGUUGGACGCCUUAACAGCGGCGGUAACACGAUCGUGUAGGCAGGUGGUGUUGUUGUUGUUAUUUGAGAUAUUAACGGUGUGUUGUUGUGUUGGGAUGUCGUGGGGUCCCGUGCUACUGCAGGCGAGCUUCCUGCUGCUGCUGGCUCUGGGCAUUUGGGAUGUGCUGCUCGGAUUCCAGGAGAACGAAUGCACAAUGACCUACAUGUUCCAGUACCCGGAGUAUAUUGACGUGAAGCCAGCUGUGCGGCCUCCACUGCCGCACAGGCGCUCUGGGUACGAUCUCUUUGUGUACGGAGAGGGCCCGUAUGCUGAAGCCCUUCAGAGCCUGCGGCCCGAUGGCAUUCCCGUGCUCUUCCUCCCCGGCAACGCUGGCAGCCAUCGCCAGGUGCGGUCGCUGGCGUCGGUGGCGCUGCGGAAGGCGGAGGAUCUGCGCGGCGUGCGCUUCCACCUGGACGUGUACUCGGUGAGCUACAACGAGGAGCUGGCGGCGCUGUACGGAGGCGUACUGGAGCGGCAGGUGCACUUUGCCACGCGCUGCGUCCACGCCGUUCUCUCCCUCUACAAGCACCAGGGGGAGGGCCGGCCACGCAGUGUGGUGCUGGUGGGCCACUCGAUGGGCGGUGUGGUGGCUCGCGCCGUGCUGGCCGACCCGGCGUUCGAUGCGUCGCUCGUGACGGUGCUCAUUACGCAGGCCACGCCGCACGUCGCCCCUGUGCUCUCGCUGGACCCGUUGCUCACAGACUUCCACAAGCAGGUGAACACACGCUGGGCGGAGCGGGCCCACGACCUUGGCCACGUGGCGGUGCUGUCGGUGGGGGGUGCCCACCGAGACCCCCAGGUCCGCGCCGGCCUCACCUCCCUGAGCGGCCUGGCCGACGAACACAACACCAUCUCCGUCACGGCCAUGGCGGUACCAAAGACAUGGAUUAGCACAGAUCACCAAGCCAUCGUUUGGUGUAAGGAGCUGGUUCUGGCCACAGUACGGGCUCUUUUUGACAUGGUGGAUUCCAAAACCAGGCAAAUUACAGAUGAUGCUGAGAAGAGGUUGGCCAUACUGAGGCAUCACUUUGUGCAGCACCCCGGACUCGGCUUCUCCCACGAGCGACGGCCCGCGGCAUCUUUUCAAGCCAGGGCCUCAUGGGUUUUUGUGCAGGAGCCACACUGGACUUUACAAAAAACCAAGGGCUAUAAAACAACAUAUUUCGCUUUCCCCAGGCUGUCAGAUGUUUACAGCCAUCUUUACUGUCGAAGUCACAACUUGGACUCUACCAGCUGGCUAUUCGGAUGCACAGUGCACAACGAGACGUCCUGCACGGAGGGUGUGGACCUGUCCUGGGAGGCAGAGCUGCUGCCCUCGCUGCAGACUGUUUUGCUGAAGCUGGAGGAUCUUCCAGCACUGACGCAUGUGGCCAUCCUUGCACGCAGCACUGCUCUGGAUGGCAGCCUGGCGUGUGAGCUCAUCGCCUGGAACAAUCGGAGCAGCGCAUUGCCUGUAACCAACGCUCUCUCACUAGGACUGACCUCCAAUUCACUGUCCAUACCUUCUGCUGGACUUCUGCAUAUUGUUAACCUCACAGAUUUCGUACAGGUGUACCAGGCAUUCACUGUUUAUAUCAAGCCCACCUGUGAGAUCACAUCAGCAUCCCAUCUGGUACGGUUGACUGUGCCCUGGUUCAAGGAAGACUCCUUUACCACUGUGAAUGCCUCGGAUGUGACAGCGCUGUCUGUGAAGCUGCACACGGGCCGGCCACUGGGAAACGAGGCGAUGCCCAGCCUCCAGCUGCACGGCCACGCUGAUUGCCGUUACGAGGUCACCAUCAAGACGUCGUUUUUAGAAGUGAUGGGACAGUUCGUGCGUUUCCACGCCGAGUGCUUCCCCGCGUACUUUGUGGCGAACAUCCUGCUCGUGUUUGGCAAGCAGCUCUUAGAUCAAGCAGAGCAAAGGUGAGAGCCGUGCCCCCCAUUCCAAGCUGCCAUUGAAGUGGCCGCCAAGCCUUUCCACAUACAGCCCUUCGUCAACCUCUUAAAGUUGUUUAUGGGCUGGGAGUGGUUCCAUGCCGCGUGGGCCGCCCUGCUUCUCCCCGAGCCGGACGCCGUGCUCCUGGAGCGCCGUGCCGUGUGGCACAACCUCCUACCGCUCUUCAUGUUCCUGCUCGCCGGCGCGGCUGUGCGCGCCGCCGCCCUCCUGGGCUCCUGCGUCGUGCGACUCUCUGCCGCCGCGCUCGUCAGGGUGAAGCGGCCAAACGCGGACGUGAUUCCGGGGGGGCUGCUGUCAUCGCGCUGCGUGCCCGUGAUGGCCAUGGUGCUCGGGGUGGCGUGGUUGUUCUGCGGAGCUCUCGCCCUUUCUGUUACCGUCCUCCUGUGCUUGGCCAAGGUCAUCAGACUGCACGCAAAAGUGGCAGCCAUGCGCUCUGCCCUCAACCUGACGCCUGCGUCAUGUGCCGGAGAGACCCGCCCCAGCAAGGACGAUCAGCAGGACCAGGGUGCAGAAUCGAGCGAGAAAGAAGAAAAGCCUUUUGGCAACUCGGCCGAUGGACCGCGGAAAAGGCCGGGUGCCGGGUCGGCGGGAGAUCGCGCCGAGAGCAAAGCCGAGGCUUCUUCCCCCGGCGGUCGUGAGCGCCCCAGGAGUAAGGAUAACGCAGCCGAUGCGGGUGAAGCCGGGAAUGAGGACGGGCUAUCGAGGGGGAGCUCCCUGGCGGAGAGACUGGUGCGCGUGGCUUCUGACCGGCUCCACCUGCAGAUGACAGCGCUGUCCUUGGUAGUGUGCGCGCUAGCGCUCACCGCACCCUCCCUCGUCUUUUGGUUGAAGCAGUUACGCGUCGACAGGAAGCUGCAGCCGGAUCCAUUCCGAGCCGUUUCCGCCGUCAUCAGCCUUGUGCUCGUGCUGCUCAUGGAAUCCCGGGCAACGGCAUUCCGAGAGAGCAAGAUGCUGCGGGUGGUGGCACGACUGCAUCACCCCCUGGCGAUCGGUGCUGCAGCGUUUGCUAUGGCGCACAUGCACCGCCUACCAGGCUUUAUCGCCGCAUCGCUCCUCCUCACUGCCGCCUGCUCCUUCUACUGACACAGGCAGCGUCGUGUACCCACGUGUAGGUGUACGUGCGUGCGUGUGUAUGUCAGGGGUGGGGAACCUAUGGCCCAUGACUUCAAGUCGCAGAGCCUGCGAUUUAAUUUCGUACAGCAGUAGAGGCCUCACUUCAAAACAGCAAACGAACGAUAUCUGUCCAUCCCUCCAAGCAUCUUAAGUGUUGAGAUGCAGUGCCAUAAUUUUAUUCCAGAGUGAGUUAUUUACUAGCUGUAAGGGUUUACACAAACCAAUUGCAUACGAUAUAUACAAAUUUAAAAAAAUCACAACGCACAACUGUAUUUUGUAAAGUACAAAAUGUUAUGCUAUUGCGUUAAAUUAGUAUGUUUUAUUGUAUCACAAUCGAUGCAUUGUUACACACAUACUGUAGAUGGCUGAUUGUCAACAGUUGUUAUAGGCAGUGGACUUUGACACUGCUGGCAAAGCACAAAAAGUUCGUUCUUCAAUUAUUAUUUUGUAUUUAGCACUGGGCCAACUCAAUUGACGAGCUCAGGCUGCACAUUCAUGUUCUGUACAGUUAUCUGUGUGGAGGCAGCUACAUGUGUGUGUCCAUUUUUUUCAGUUUCAGUAUUUGGAUGUGUAAUGGUACACUUAGACAUCCAGGUAGCAUUUAGAGGUAGAGUGAACAGCUUGCAAUCAGAAGGUUGCGAGAUCAUAUCCCAAUUGGUGGGGUUGACUCAGCCCAUCAACAGUGGUUGUCCUAUGGAUACUCAUCCCCACCAUAGGAACGUGGAAAUUUAAACCACUGGCUCAGGACUGUAACCAAGAGAUGAGCUCCACCUCAAUGCUGUGUGUAUAUAUAUACAUAAGUCGGAAGGAACCACGGUGGAAUCUCGCCCCAAGAACAAACAAGAGAUUUAAGCCACAUAAAUUAAUGUUACUGAAAUGUUUUUUUUUAUUUUGCACUGUAUUCCUUUUAUUGAUGGUAAUUGAAUGUCAUCGUGACGAUCUCUGUUUGCGUAGUUCGUGACUGCAUCUUUGGUCAUAGUCCCAGUGCUCAGCAUUUCCGUGGUCCUAGCACUGUUUGCAUGUUUACCAAAUGCUGUGCGUGCGCGCGAUUGUUAUGUGCAAUGAAAGGUGUGCGCCGGUCCUGUUUUCUGCGCGAUUGCCCUUGAGCAUUGAACACCGGCGUGACUCGUGCCAUGGGUGUUUUGGUCGAGUGCAAAAAAACGAUUGCUGAAGAAGAGAGAAAGAGGAUGCCGAUGAUAUAAGUUGAUUUUAAUUAUUUGCAGACGUAAAAAAAUUCGUGCGUAAAAUCAAGUACGUGUGACACGUUUGUAUGAACACACACAUUCAUUAAAAUAUUUUGUAAAAUGUUA